GUUAUUUCAACCGUAGCGAGUUGGACGUUCUAUUACAUUCGAUGGCUUAGAGAAUUCGGGGGCCAACUGCACACGAUCGAAAUUCCUGAAAAUACUCGAAAUACGUUUUAAUCACUCGAAAGAUCUUCAGUAAAUACUCCGCUAAUGAAUUCGGACUCGAAAGACCUGGAUUUAAGAAAGGGCGAUGUAGAACGACCGCACUUCGAGGCAGUUACCACAUUGUCGGAUUCCCAGGCGAUCCGGAGCGUCGACUUUCAUCCGAAUGGAAAGUUGUACGCGGUGGGCUCCAACUCCAAGACCUUUCGCAUCUGCCAAUACCCCCAGCUGUCCAAGCUCAGGCAUGGCCAGCAGACGACGGUGUAUCCCCCAUCCGUGCUGUGCAAGCGGACGAAACACCAUCGCGGAUCCAUAUACUGCACCUGCUGGUCGCGGGAUGGGGAGCUCAUCGCCACCGGAUCGAACGACAAGACCAUCAAGUACAUGAGGUUCAAUAACGACACCAACCAGCUGGUGGGUCACGAGAUGGAGCUGAACAUGCACGACGGCACGGUGCGCGACAUGUGCUUCCUGGACGACUCGUCCACCAAGUCCAGACUCCUGGCCAGUGGCGGCGCAGGGGACUGCAAGAUCUACAUCACAGACUGCGGAUCUGGCACUCCCUUUCAGGCGUAUAGUGGUCACUCCGGACACAUUCUGUCCCUGUACAGCUGGAACAAUGCGAUGUUUGUCUCCGGAUCUCAGGACCAAACGAUACGCUUCUGGGAUCUGCGGGUGAACGUCUCGGUAAACACCCUGGAUAACGAGCGGAAGGAUGGCGGCCUGGAGAGCUCGGCUGUAACCGCGGUUUGUGUGGAUCCCACGGGCAGGCUUUUGGUUUCCGGACAUGCCGACAGCUCGUGUAUUCUGUUCGACAUCCGUGGCAAUCGACCCAUUCAGCGUUUCUAUCCCCACACGGCUGAAAUAAGGUGCAUCCGCUUCUCCCCAUCCGCCUACUACAUGCUGACCUGCAGCUACGACAACUCGAUCCGCCUCACGGAUCUGCAGGGCGACCUGGCCCACGAGCUGUCCUCCGUGGUGGUGGCGGAGCACAAGGACAAGGCCAUCACCAUCCGAUGGCAUCCGACCGAGUUCUCCUUCAUCUCCACGUCCGCGGACAAGACGGCCACCUUGUGGGCCCUGCCGCCCUCGUAAAGGCCACAUCAGUGCUCCCAAACGGCUUUAACUUCGUUGUCAAUAUUGUAUUUCCGCAGAAUAGUUCAGACUGAUCUAAUUUAUUAAAUAAACCGCAUUCCAAGAA